AUGGCCGAACUAUCACAAGAUGAUCUACAGAAUCAAUUCUACGUACUAGUAACCGGCGCAAACAGCGGCCUCGGCCUCGCCAUCUGCGCCCGUCUAAUAACGGACUUCCUCACCACGCACCCAUCAACCCACCACCUAACCAUAAUCUUCACGACCCGGAGCCCCAAAAAAGCCUCCUCGACCCUCCACCACCUCCAAACCCUCCUCCCACCUAUAUCCUCACCCACCCAAUCCUCCAGAAUAACCCUCCACCCCGAAACCGUCGACCUCUCCUCCCUCCCCUCCGUCCGCGCCCUCUCCCAGCGACUCACAACCACCAUCCCCAAACUCGACUCCAUCGUCCUGAACGCCGGCAUCGGCGGCUGGACAGGGAUCGACUGGCCGCGCGCAAUCUGGGGAACCCUCACAGACCUCGUACAUAGUGUAUCGUGGUUCGCGCACAAGAUAGCCCCCGUGGGGAUGAUCACCCCUCCUCAAACUACACAGCCUUCGGAGCCGCGGCUCGGAAGCGUCUUCACGGCGAACGUAUUCGGACACUACAUGCUCUCGCAUAACGUCAUGGGCCUACUGCGGAAAUCCACCCAGCCGGGGCGAGUAAUCUGGGUAUCGAGCAUCGAGGCCACCGUGAACCACUUCAAUGUCGAUGAUAUCCAGGGAUUGAAGACGAAGGUGCCUUAUGAGAGUUCGAAGACACUUACGGAUAUUCUCGCGCUCACGGCCGAGUCGCCUUCCACUCAGAAAUGGAUAGAGGGGUUUUAUACCCCCCCUGAUAGUAAUGGGGAGAAGAGUGAAGGGGAUGGUGGAGGUACACGCCCACGCAUGUACCUCUCGCACCCUGGUGUCUGCGGAACAGGGAUCCUGCCGCUGGCGCUCCCGCUGUUCUGGGCGAUGAUCGCGUCCUUUUAUAUUGCGCGGUUGCUGGGAUCGCCGUGGCAUACGCUGUCGACGUAUGCGGGGGCGUGUGCGCCGACGUGGUUGGCUGUGAGUCGGCAGGAGGAGCUGGAUGCUGCGGAGGAGGUGUAUCGGGCUCAUGGUGGGGGGAAGGUUAAAUGGGGGUCGUCGUGUGAUCGGUUGGGGAGGGAUAAGGCUGUUUCAACGGAGGUGGAUGGGUGGGGACAUGGGGGCGUGGUUGGGGAGGCGGUGGUGAUGGAGGAUCGGUGUCGGAGGAGGAAGCGCGGGGCGAAGGAUUUGACGGCGGAGGAGAAGGUCGAGUUUGAGGAGUUGGGGAGGAAGUGUUGGCAGGGGAUGGAGGAGUUGAGGGUGCAGUGGGAAGAGAUCUUGGAGAGGGAGGAAAGGGAGGGCGGUGCUGCUUAG